AUGCUGCCCUCUCGUGCGCCGCCUUGGGGUCCAGGGCCACCUGACCCGGCUCCGUACUCCACGAUCGCCACGCACGACUGCACAGCCGAGUGUGUCGAUGCUCCCCCUUCAGCUAGUGCUUCGCACAAUCGGAGCACCUCACCAGGCGGACAGUCUGCCGGGGGUGACACGGCAUCCCCAACGCCCGCUUCCGUGGAGGAGCCAGGGCGAAAGACUCAGCAUCGCCGGUGUAGCACUACCCCACCUCUGAAGCCACUCAUGAAGGCGGCAAUUCUCGCUCCCGCGCCCGAGAAACCGCGCUGCACGUUGACUGGUGAAGCGAUGCAGAGCAUUGGCAACCGGUCACAUCCUUCCAAGGACGGUGGCGCUGUGACUUCCGCAUACAUUAGCGCACCUCGUACAGAGUCCCGAGCACGAGUGGACGAUGCGCCGCCGCUGUCGUUGUCCGCUACCGUUUCCUCUGCGCGGCUGCACCUGGGCAUGAUACCGCCAGUGGUCAGCAGCAACUUCACCUCUCAUCAGGCGAUCGCCAGCGCGCCAUCAACACCAAGCAAUCGUAGAGAGGCACCAAAGAUGCGGCGACGCUCCUAUUCAACCUUUAUUAGUCGACUGCCUUCCGACACCCGCCUGCGAGCAUCGCCGUUGGUGGCCUGUAGUGUGCAGCAUCUCGAAAGGCAUGGGUGCAGUGACGCCCUGUCUCAUGCGCCACCCCCGGUCCGCCCCGCGUUGUCGAUGACGAACUCCACAGACGUGACGCCCAUUGCAUCUGACACCGACUUUCGCAGGAGCGUCAACGAAGGAUGCAGCACCGUCGAGUCUCACUGCACCGCCGCCGUCGCUGCGUCGUGCGUUGUCGUGCAUGCAACUUCUGGCACAUUUCGCGCUCUACCUCACCCUAGCAUCGGGCUCAACACCAGUCUCGCAGGCGUCGGCGGAGUGCCGUCAUUCAACUCUUCCACUCCGUCCACCAAUGCGUCUGUUCUGAAGGAUCGCCACAGUUGCGGUACAGGCACGUGCGGUGUGCCGAGUGAGUCGAGCUCGCUGCCGCCAUUCCACACGAGCUCGUUCGACCGUGAUGGUGUCGGCGUGGAGGACUGCGGCAGCGAAGCGUCAGGCACGGCGGCCACCUCCGCCACGGUUGAGGUCCUUCACAGAGGGGACGCUAACCCCGUGACGGGAAACCGGUGUAGUCGUCUGCCAAGCGGGAGAAGCAUCAGCACCCCUGUCAGUUGUGAAGUCGGCGGUGUCGCACCCGAUGCAAGCGGCGCCUCAGCAGCAAACCGCGCACGCAUGGAAGGCGACAGCAGCGCCGCCGGCGGUGCUGAAAUCCACGGGGCGGGGUGCUCGUUUGGCUGGCGCAUGUUCGCUUCGCUCACCUCCCAGCGCGGCGGUGGCGGUGGGGGUGGCGGUGCGCCUGCGCCGUCCCUGGGCAUAUUCCAAAGCGGUCUCUAUCUUUCCAUGGACGAGGGCGACGUCUCACCCGCGUCCGUUCUGGAGGUGCCGAUGACGCCGCAGAGCUUCUCGACAAUGCUGCUGGCACGGGAGAGCGGCGAGGGGGUGCAGCACCCCGCUCGCGCCGGCAGCGCCACUUCGGCGGCGACGACGACGACAAACGGUGCACGGUCCUCUUCUCUUGCUGUGCAAGAGGGUAACGACACGAUGCUGAGGCAGUCCUCACAGCAGGUGCCGAUCGUCUCGCAGGGUGUGGAGGACUCCUGGAGCGGAGGCGGGGUCGCCACAAACGGGAUUGAGGACUGGUGUGUCGACGGGUGCAGUCGCGAUAGCUGUGAGACACGUACCACAGGCACGCCUCUCACCUCCGGGGUCGGGCCGCCCCUCUGUCUAGUCGCCGGUAGCGGAAGCGCCGGGUGCGUCUUGGGUGGACGCCACGCGGCCCCACUCAGUAGCCUUCAACUCCUCGGUGGCAGCAGUCAGCAAGAGAUGCCCAUCAGCACCAUCGACACGGAUGAGAUCCCUUCCACCCCGACAGACAUCAGCGCUUUACCACACCCGCCGCCGCCGCUCUCGGCGCGCCGUCGGCGCCAACGACGACCUUGUCUUCACCGCGACGGCGGCAACGCGGCCAGCAGCAACUCCCGCGUCGAUUUGGAGACAGGGGUGAUGGAGACAGACACGCUGGAGCGUGCCCGGGCGGUAUCGAAAGACGGCGCGAGGGCGUACGAAAUUGUGAAUGAAAAGUACGUCAUGUACGACUACGAGCUGGGAAAAGGGUCCUACUCCACAGUGCGGUUGUGCUACAACUUGGCGGAUGGCCACUUCUACGCGGUGAAGGUUCUCGAUCGUGUUCGACUGAAACGUCGCCAGCUCGGCUCCGAGGCCAGCCUGUGCAAGAUCAAUCAAGAGAUCGCGAUGAUGAAGCACGUGCAGCACAAGAACAUCAUCGCGCUCCACGAGGUUAUCCGUGACCCCAGCAUGCGCUACGUCUACCUUGUGCUGGAGCUGGCGGGGUCCAGGGAGGUGCUGUCGAUGCGGGACAACGGUGACGUGCUACCGCGCGGCGACGACGACGGUGCCGCCACGGCGUACCCUGAGGCCGCCGCGCGUGAGAUAGUGAAGGGGCUACUGCAGGCGCUCAUGUACACCCACUACCUGGGAGUUGCGCACCGCGAUAUCAAGCCGUCUAACGUGCUGCGCACAGCGGACGGCACAGUGAAGCUGUGCGACUUUGGUGUCUCGGUUCUAGUCGGCGAAGCGCCCAUGCAGCUGAGUCGCGAAGGCAGCGUGGCUUUCUUGGCACCGGAGUUGCUCCUGUCGAGCGAGCUGGACGUGGGGCGAUUUUUGACGCCGGCCGCCUCAUCUCUGGGUCCAACGCGUAACAGGAGGGUAGCGCACAUGUUCGCCGACGACGCGCUGGCCAGCGCCGCCAGGAAAGCGCGCACGACUGCGACGUCCACCACAACGGCCACAAGUGCAACUCAACUGGCGAGCACCGACGGGUCAGCUUCGCUCAGGGAGGAGGGCUCCAGGUGGACCCAGCGCCUCAUGCCCUCGUUUGCAGGUGCCGCCUCACAACCGAGCACGCGCCUGGCAGCGCCACGCACCCCGGGGCGAGAGACGACGAGCCCUGGUGGCGCCGCGCCGAGUGGCAACCCCCUAUAUCCGCCAUGGAUAUCUCUGCCGCAGCGUGGUGGUGGUGGUGGUGGCGCCACCCGUGGAGCCUCCUUUCGCACCCUUUCUCUGUCGUCAUGCGGGGCUGCAGCACCCGAGUGUACUGCGACGAUCGCGACAGCUGCUGCUGGUCCUUGUGCCGGUGGUGUCACCACCGCGACACCACCGACGGGCGCGCCUUCGCCCUCCACCCCUGCAGCGCAGCCGCUUGGUUAUCUGUCGAAAGCCGCUGGCCAUGCACCGGUAGACCUGCUAAAGGCGGACGUGUUUGCGUUAGGUGUGACCGUAUACACGAUGCUCCUCGGCCAGCUGCCUUGGCGUGCAUCGGGUGCGGUAUCCCAGCGCGCGGCCAUACUCGCCGAGCCCGACCCUUUUCUGCGCCUGUACAAAGCAGCUUACGGCGAUGCCUAUGUGUGGCCGCCACAAGUGCAGGAGGCGUGUAUGCCGCGCUGUGAAGCGUUCGGCAGCGACGCUAUCCCUGCGUCCUCGCAUGCUAGCACGUCGGCGAGCGGCAAGGACGGUCGCGGUGGCAGUUACGGAACGGGAAACGCCGCGCUAAGCGAUGGGCAGCGAGCGAUUGCUACUGAGAAGGACGAUGUAGUGGCACUGGCACCGGCGACUGCACUCCUCUGCAAGUGGCGGCACUUGAGCAACACGGGGACGAGAUCGGACGAAGGCACAUCGGCGCAGGCGAAGUGCACGCCCACGGCGGCGAAGUCGACUGCCGCACCUCAAUCUCACCGCAAUGUCCCCACUCGGAGCGACCGCAACUCGGCCCAGCACGUCUUUGAACGCAGCACCGCCGCUGCUGCGUUGCCGCGUCCCGCGACUCAGCUCUUGGCGAAGAAAGGGGCCACAUCCGAAUCUCGCGCCCCAAACGACCUCGCCGAGUCGCUAAGCGAUGAUGACGACUGGAUGAGGGCUGAUGAGUCCGACGUCGUAGAAGGCAUGAGAGAGAGCACGGUAGAUGUGGGACAGUGGAUGCGGGGCUCGUCUAGCGACCUCCUGCGAACUGUCCAAUCGAGCGCCGCUACAGAUACGAGCAGUAACGACAGCGAGGCUGACAACGCGUCUGACGACGACAGCAGCAGAACGACUGUACCCUGCAGUGCACCUACAUCGGCCACGUCUUCGCUGUCCAGCGACGACGACGAGGACAUGGAGUCGUGCGAGAGCAUCUACGAGCGGCUCUUUGAGGUGGAACAGCCGUGCCGCGCGUACACGGUAGCGGAGCACAUGCCUCUGCCUACAAUGCCAGGCACCUCUCGCGAGAUCAGCGGCGAAGCCGUCGACUUCGUGCGGGCGUGUCUCUGCCUGAAUCCCACCGAACGUCGCACGGUGUUCGAGCUGGUCCGCCAUCCGUGGAUUCGCGGCGGCGUUGGAGGCCAACACCCUCGCGGGUCCCCUACGAUGUUCGCAGUCAGCGAGUGA